AUGUGGUCUAGGCUCAUAUCACGUCCCUACAUUCGCGCGUCGCACGUCAGGCGGCAUAUCUUGCCAAUAAGCCAAGCCAGAUAUUUGUCAACGCCGUCGAAUUAUCGGGUUGUUGAGCAUACUAUUGAUUGCAGUCAUUCAAGAGAAUAUCUCUCUGAGACGGCAAAUGGCAAUGAAGACAUACCAAAGCUUGCUGUGAAGCAAUACGUCCCCCACGACAACCCCAAUCCUCAACCUGGUGAUGUGACCAUUAUCGGUGCUCAUGCAAAUGGUUUUCCAAAGCUGACUUGUCAGGAACUAUAUGAGCCGCUAUGGGAUGAGCUGUAUGACCGAGCAAGACAACAAGAUCUCAGGAUACGAUCGAUUUGGAUUGCAGAUGUAUGGAAUCAAGGUCAAUCAGGGGUUAUCAACGAGAGAGUGCUUGGCAAUGAUCUCAGUUGGUUUGACCACGCAAGAGAUAUGAUGAAUCUCAUCAACCAGCAUCAACGAGACAUUCCUCAUCCGAUCGUCGGUAUUGGUCAUAGUAUGGGUGGAACUCAGCUGGCACAGUUAGCACUCUGGCACCCUCGGCUCCUGGACUCAUUAGCACUUAUUGACCCCAUCAUCCAAAUUCCAAACCCAAGCAUUUCCUUGGCCGGUCUUUCUACAAAGAGGCGGGAUAUCUGGCCAUCAAGAGAAGAUGCUGUUGCAAGGUUUAAGAAGAGCAAGUUCUUCCAGUCUUGGGAUCCUCGUGUUCUUGACCUUUGGAUAGAACAUGGGCUUCGAGAUGUUCCGACUGAGCUUUAUCCGAAAGAAGGGGGUUCAAGUCCAGGUGAGCGAGUUACUCUCACGACGUCGAAGCACCAAGAGCUCUUCAGCUUUGUUCGACCGACAUACUUAGCAAGACACUGGGAACCAACCAACGAUCAAGACCCAGAACAGAAUAAAGACUGUCCCGAGUACCCAUUUCACCGCCCAGAGCCUCCAAAGAUAUUUCGCCACUUACCCGAGCUUCGACCAAGUACUUUAUUCGUCUUCGGAAAGCAAUCAGAGUUUUCAUCACCGGAGCGACGACAGGAAAAAAUGCUGACAACCGGCACCGGAGUUGGAGGCAGCGGGGGCGCAGCUGUUGGUGAAGUUCAAGAGGAGACACUUGACUGCGGCCAUUUGAUACCCAUGGAGAAGGUUUCCGAGUGCGCAGAUGUCAUCUCUUCAUUCGUCGGAAGGGAAAGUAUACGAUGGCGUGAUCAGCAAGGAUCUUUCAAGAGGUACCGUGAAAGCAUGUCGAGACGACAACAAAUCACGAUCGAUGAACAAUGGGAGGACAAGGUUAAGCUUGGUGAUAAAUACUUAAAGUCAUAG